AUGGCCGCGCUGCCGCGACCCAUGGAGCUCUGCUUCGCCACGCGCGCCGGGACGUGCCAGAGGGCGCCGACAAGCAUGCCGAAGAAGCGGCGCGCCGGGGCCAGCAGCAGCACCGUGCGGUGCGUGGCGACGGCGACGGCGCCGGCGCCCAUGGGGGAAAAGACGGAGUACCGUGACGGCCCGCUGGAGCGCGCGUUCAUGGGGCUGUUCGCGCGGAAGAUGGAGAAGUACGCGACCAAGAAGAAGCAGCCGCAGCCGCAGUCACCUGAGCCGGAGAAGAAGGCGGUGUGGGAUUGGGACUACGAGAGCUUCGUGGACGUGUCGCGGCGCGUGAUGGUGGGGCGCACCCGCGCGCAGCAGCAGGAGGCGGUGCGCGAGGUGCUGCUGUCCAUGCUCCCGCCCGGCGCGCCCGAGCAGUUCCGGAAGCUGUUCCCGCCCACGCGCUGGGCGUGCGAGUUCAACGCCGCGCUCACCGUCCCUUUCUUCCGCUGGCUCGUUGGUCCCUCCGAGGUCAUCGAGGUGGAGAUCGACGGCGUCAGGCAGCGCAGCGGGGUGCUCAUCAAGAAAUGCAGGUACCUGGAGAACAGCGGCUGCGUCGGGAUGUGCGUCAACAUGUGCAAGAUCCCCACCCAGGACUUCUUCACCAACGAGUUUGGACUCCCCCUCACCAUGAAUCCAAAUUUUGAAGACAUGAGCUGCGAGAUGAUAUACGGCCAGGUGCCACCACCCUUGGAAGAGGAUCCAGUGUCAAAGCAACCUUGCUACCCUAACCUCUGUUCCAUGUCGACGCCGUCUGCCCCGGUCUGUCCCAAACUUCAGGCGUAG